AUGGCCCAAAAUCAAGCUCAGUCAAAUGUCAUGAGAAGGAAGCUCGUUAUAAUAGGGGACGGUGCUUGCGGUAAAACAUCGCUAUUAUCAGUCUUCACGCUGGGCUAUUUUCCAACUCAUUACGUUCCCACCGUGUUUGAGAACUAUGUAACCGACUGUCGAGUAGAUGGAAGAUCGGUGCAACUGGCACUAUGGGAUACGGCCGGACAAGAAGACUAUGAGCGACUCAGGCCCCUCGCAUACGCAAAAUCACAUGUUAUUCUGAUCGGAUUCAGCGUCGACAGCCCAGACAGCCUAGAAAACGUGCGGCAUAAAUGGAUCGAAGAAGCGAGAGAACGGUGCCCGGACGUGCCCAUCAUUCUGGUUGGCCUUAAAAAGGAUCUUAGAGAGGACCCUUUGGCUAUCGAGGAAAUGCGGAAAAAGAGCUUGAAGUUCGUAACGCCGCGAGAAGGAGCGGAAAUGGCUCAGCAAUGCGGAGCUCGGAAAUAUCUCGAGUGUUCAAGUCUGACGGGGGAAGGCGUCGAUGAUGUCUUUGAAGCGGCCACCAGAGCGGCGCUCUUAACGUUCAAUGGCAAGCAAGGUGGAGGCGGGUGCUGUGUCAUUUUGUGA